AUGAUUGUUACAUUUUCUGAUUCUGGUUGGAUAAAUGGGUCAAUAUUUGUUCAUUAUCUGCACCACUUCAUUUCUUUUGUUAGACCAACAAAAGAAGAUCCAGUAUUAAUUGUGCUCGAUAAUCACGAGAGUCAUAUUAGCCUUGGAGCAUACCAGCUUUUUCGAGAACACAACCUGCAUGUUCUUUCCUUGAAACCCCAUGUAUCUCACAAAAUGCAGCCACAGGAUUUGACUGUCUUCAGUUCGAUAAAGAAUGCAUACAAUCGGCAAUGUGAACUCUAUAAGGUUAACAAUCCUGGAAAACGUAUAACCCAAUACGAGGUUGGAGAAUUAUAA